CCUUGCAGCACGCAUGUAGUCUUACGUCGGGCCUGUCCCUCUACGAGAGGAAUAUUCAAGCCUACUAAACAUAGUAUGGUGACGAUUUCUCGUGCUCCUGGCUAUUUUUGACACUUCGAGUGUCAGUGUCUUAUUUUCUUCCAAAGUCCGCCUGUGGGAGGACAUGCCCGACCUAACGGUAGCCCGCUUUUCACGAGACUCACGAGAUUGCUGGCCCAUUGAGGUGCGGGCACAUGAUCGCUGCCUCUCAUAUGCGUGCGCUUCGGUGCCAUCUAUUUUCGGAUCGGCUGCGCUCGAUCAUGCGUGCGUCGCCUACGUCGUGUGGGUGCUCUUCGGUGUGCUGGCCUUCGUGACGCACCUGGGCGACGACCUGCUGACGGUGGCGUCCUCUUGCGUCGAGCACUGGGACUCCGGGUCGCAGCCCGUUCGUCUCGCGACGUGGUCGGUCUGCUCGCCGGGGCAUGGGCGUCUGCUGGCGGCCUUCGCGUCCCUGCUGCCCGCGAGCGGUCGUGGCAGCCCAGGGCGGUCGGUGGACAGCUGGGCCGCCUUCCGCAACAACGUGGCGCUGGCGGCAGUCUUCGUCGGGCAGCACUCCCUGAUGCGUUGGCUGAAGGGCGUUGAGGGGGCCACCAUUGACAGGGUGCAGCCCCGAGCUUUGAGGAUGCCGCUGCGCUGGAUGAAGUCCCGGGUGGCCUACAAUAUGUUCUCAGCGUUGACGCUGCAUGUGUUUUUGAUCAAGUAUUUGCCGUAUCGGUCGGAGGAAUUCAUCCUCGGUUUUGUACCGUCAGAGUUGGAGCUCCCGAUAUCAGCUGGGACGCACGCCCUCUUCGCACUCAUGGUCAUGAUUCCGUGUUUCGGCGUUUUCUUGGCAGAUCCUGGUACUCACAGGUUGUUGUAUGGAGAUGCGCUCGACGAAGGUGGCAAAGGGUCCAAGGCCAGCAGCAUCGAUGCCAUAACGCAGAUGGCCCACAGCGUGCACAAGAGGGCAGGCCUGCUGGGAUUCAUCCUCUUCUCGGGAAUGUCCAUCGUCCCCAAAACGAUAUACAUCGACGACGUCGUCGUGCGCGUAGUGGCAGCCGUCUACCUCAGGCAGCGGUCGCCCCAUUUCCGCAUGUUUUCCAGGCGAGUGGCCGGCUCCCACGAGGCCGCCUGGGCCGUCCGCGCGAUGAUCCCACCAUGA